AUGGACCAGACAGUUUAUGGAUUGGUAUCGAAGAGAGGACGCCCGCCGACAGACUGGGACAAGGAGAUGAAGAAGACCGGGGGAGCAGCCUGGAAGAGAGUAGCAUUAGAGAGAAAAGAAUGGAAAAGGAUGGGACCGCUGUCCAAAACGGCAGUAAUCCCCGACAUCCGUAGGAGUCUGGGUAGAGCUCAAGAUAUGACUGAGGCCAAGCCGUGCCGCUAUCACUACAUCUCUGCGGCUCUCGACAAACAGCUGCCUUAUCGACGGCUGCCUAUUUUAGGAUCUCGCAGAACAUAUCUCUGCCAUCCGAGCCGUGCUGCGCCGCGCGAUGUGGUUCGCUGCGGUGCGGCGUGGGCGUAG